AUGGACGCGGGCAUCAUUUGCAACUUCGAGCUCAUGUACAAGGCCCAAUUAGUGCAGUGGCUACUGGACAUGGUGACGGCGGGGAUGGAGGACAAGAAGCUCGACGUUCUUAGCACAAUCCGUAUGGUAGUAAAAUCGUGGGCUGAGAAGACUAUCUGGAGCGUGAAAACAGCCUGGAAGAAUGGGAACCAGACUCCGAUGCAACUGCCACCUCUGAGCCAUUUUCGCGUGAUGACGACAGCGACGGAGACGAAAAUUCCAUCUUCACUCAUCGCGACGCGCUAA